GAUGUCAGUCUUAAUGUUUGUCUUGUUACUGAAAGUGAAAUGUACAUUUAUAAAACUCCACAAAAGAAAGUUUUGUUCUGGCAUGUGAGCGGACAGCCCUGCAGCGGGGUCCUGAGCGCCACUGGAGACAGGAAAAGAAGAUGACGGUCCAUAACUUGUACAUAUUUGACCGUAAUGGCAGCUGUCUGUAUUAUAACGAGUGGAACCGCAAGAAGCAGGCGGGGAUCUCCAAGGACGAGGAGUUUAAGCUGAUGUACGGGAUGCUGUUCUCCAUCCGAUCAUUCGUCAGUAAGAUGUCUCCUCUGGACAUGAAAGAGGGCUUCCUGACCUUUCAGACCAGCAAGUAUCGCCUGCACUACUACGAGACUCCCAGCGGACUGAGGUUUGUCAUGAACACGGACCUGUCUGUCCCCAACGCCAGAGAGACACUGCAGCACAUAUACAGCAACCUGUAUGUGGAGUACAUAGUGAAGAACCCGGUGUGUGUGUUGGGUCAGAGUUUGGACAGCGAGCUCUUCAGCAGCCGACUGGACGCUUUCAUCCGAGCGUUGCCGUACUACAGCCCACGAGCUGCAUAACACAGGACACACACACACACACACACACACACAGUGUUUAGUAUUUAUUGGUUGUAUUAAAGGUCUGAACACGUCGCUGCCGUCUGAUGUUUUAUUCUUUAUAAAUAAAGUAAAGUGUUUGAGCCUCA